GGAGGAGGAGGAGGGGUGUAAAGAGCGACUGGGCGCACACUGGAGCCGCGGGAAUCUCACCGGGACCCGCACGUAGCAGCGCCACUCUCACUUUGGCCGGCGGCAGCGCGGACCGCUCCCCUCACGGUUGCUCUCCCGUCCACGGCUGAGCUCCACCUCCCUGCUAUCUCUCUACCCACUAUAGUAUUACGCACCCUCUGUGGAGCGGCUCGGAGUCGACAGCGGAGGCGGCUCUGCGCCGAGUCGGAGCGGGCAAAGCAGAGUCGGGCGUCCCUUCACACGCGUUAGGGGCACCCUGCGACGACGAGACAUGGGGCUGAUUCCUUUAAUAGUGGUCGCUGUCUUCCUGGCACCUCUUUCCGCCAAGGGCUACACGGAGGUGUGCGAGGGGCCGCUCGUGGGACGGCUCGGAGCGGACUCAUUCAGCGCUUCCUCAGCCCUCUCUUCAAGCCACGCGCCCAACUUCGCCAGGCUCAAUCGACGCGAAGGAGCGGGAGGCUGGUCACCAGGCCGGGUAGACCGGGGGCCGUGGCUGCAGCUCGAGCUGCCAGGCCGGGUGGAGGUCACCGCGCUCGCCACCCAAGGUCGCUACGGCAGUUCGGACUGGGUGCCUCGCUACCUGCUGCUCUACGGCGACUCUGCCGGCAACUGGAGGCAGUACCAGGAGGACGGGAAUGCGUGGGUGUUUCCAGGCAAUGAGAACUCCGACGAGGUGGUGCGCCACGAGCUCCAGCACCCGAUCGUCGCACGCUACCUUCGCUAUGUUCCCCUGGACUGGAAUGCUUACCGCUGGGUGGGCCUGCGCGUGGAGGUCUACGGCUGUCCCUACAAGUCGGAGGCCGUGUUCUUCGACGGGCGGAGCCUUCUGGCGUACCGCUUCGAGCAAAAAACGAGGCGGACGCGCAAGGAUGUGGUGUCGCUGCGGUUCCGCUCUGCGCUCAGCGAGGGUGUGCUGCUGCACGGCGAGGGCCAGCGCGGAGACACCCUCACCCUGGAGCUCCAACGUGGAUGUCUGCACCUGCUCAUCAGCCUUGGUCAGGAGCCGACGGGACCUGGUGGGGGUGGCCCUGGCGAGGUGGCGUAUACUUCUGCAAGCGCUGGCAGCCUCCUCGACGACCAGCACUGGCACGACGUGAUGCUUGUCCGCAGCGGUCGCCAUGGCAACCUGACGGUGGACCGCCACACACAGCGCUUCCACGUGAAGGGAGACGAUGAUUCUCUAGACCUCGACUACCAGCUCAUGUUUGGUGGGCUUCCGUUUGGAGGCAAGGCGGGAAGUGUGGGGCGGCCCAACUUCCUGGGUUGCCUGGAGAAUGUGUACUACAGCGGAGAGUAUGUGACAGACCUCGCCCAGCGGAUCAAGCCUCAGAUCCACAUGUCUGGCAACGUGACGUUUGGGUGUCCACGUGGCGUCCCCGCGAUCCCUGUCACCUUCCCCGGGCCGGAUGGCCACCUCGCCCUGACGGGUCGUGUUGGGCGCGCUGCCCUGGCUGUCGCGAUGGAGUUCCGUACGUGGGACCCCGCGGGCCUCCUCCUGCUCACCGCCCUGUCACGGGGCCUGGGGGAGCUGCGUCUCACUUUGAGGGAAGGAAAACUGAACCUGGCUCUCAUUCGCCCCGGUAGCAGCGACAUCCAUCUGUCUUCUGGCGUUCUGCUGAACAACGGCGAGUGGCACACGGCGAGUGUGCAGGCGCGGGAGCGCACGCUGACCCUGGUCGUGGACGGUGCCGAGGACACGGCCGUGCGCUCCCUGCUGCCCUUCCACGUCGCCACCGGCAGCAUCUACUACUUCGGAGGCUUUCCUCAGAGAGAUGCGAACAGGUCGCUUCCCCCAUUCCUGGGCUGCAUGAGGCUCAUCAAUAUUGAUGAUCACUUGGUGGACCUCUCCCUCCUGCAGCAAGGCCUCCUGGGAAACUACACAAACCUCAUGCUCGACCAGUGUGGCCUCACGGACAGGUGUCUGCCGAGCCACUGCGAGAACGGUGGGACCUGCUCGCAGACCUGGCGCAGCUUCGAGUGCAACUGCGCGGGCACGGGCUACACGGGCGUCACCUGCCACGCACCCAUCUACGAGUCAUCGUGCGAGGCCUACAAGCACCUGGGUCGAGCAUCAGGCCGUUACUGGGUUGACCCUGACGGGAGUGGUCCGCUGAGGGCCAUGCAUGUCUACUGCAAUAUGACAGAGGACAAGGUGUGGACUACGGUGGACCAUAACAACACGGAGAGGACGUGGGUGCGCGGCUCCAGUCCGGAGCGGCCCAUCCUGGCGGCGUUCGCGUACAGCGCGUCGGCGGAGCAGCUCGCUGCGCUCAUCAGCUCCGCUGAGCACUGCCAGCAGGAGGUGGCCUACUACUGCAAGCGCUCACGUCUGCUCAAUGCACCAGAUGGAGAGCCAUACACCUGGUGGGUCGGAAGGACCAAUGAGAAGCAGCGAUACUGGGGAGGAUCAAUCCCUGGAGUACAGAAAUGUGCCUGCGGAAUCACAGAGAACUGCUCAGACCCCAAGUUCCACUGCAACUGCGACACGGACAUGGAGCACUGGAAGGAGGACUCAGGCUUGCUGGGCUACAAACCGCAUUUGCCUGUGAUGCAGCUGCUCAUCGGGGACACUGAUCGCGCUCUCUCGGAGGCUGCCUACAAAGUGGGACCCCUCUCCUGCCACGGCGAUAGACACUUCUGGAAUUCAGUGCUGUUCACGACGCCAAGUUCCUACCUGCAUUUCCCACCAAUUCGAGCCGAGACCAGCCUGGACAUCGCGUUCUUUUUCAAGACGACGACUGACUCCGGCGUGAUCCUUGAGAACAUGGGGGCGAGCGACUUCAUUCGUGUGCAGCUCAAGUCCCCGCACGAAGUGAGCUUCAGCUUCGACGUUGGCAAUGGCCCAGUGGAGAUGGCCGUGCGUUCGGAGCAGCCGCUCAAUGACGAGGAGUGGCACGUGGUAAGCGUCGAGCGGAGCCUCAAGGAGGCGAGCCUGCGCGUGGACCUCCUGCCCCGCGAGCUGGUGCCUGCACCCGCACAGGGCCACACCAGCCUGCAGCUCAGCAGCCAGCUCUACGUCGGAUCCUCCGUGUCCGGCCACAGCGGCUUCCUGGGCUGUGUGCGCUCGCUGCGCAUCAACGGCGCAACGCUGGACCUGGAGGAGAGAGCACGGGUCACACCAGGGGUCAAGCCAGGCUGCUCGGGGCACUGCCGCAGCUACGGCUCACUAUGUCGCAACGGGGGCCGCUGCAUCGAGCGGUAUAAUGGCUACUCGUGCGACUGCUCCACAUCUUCCUACAACGGACCCUCCUGCACAAAUGAGGUUGGUGGUUUUUUCGAGCUUGGAACAUGGAUUCAAUACGACCUUUUGGAAGAUGAUGACGACGAGGAGGGUGAUAAUGAGUUUUCAACUCCCAAGCGGGAUCCGAGCAACAUUGCACUUUCGCGCGAGAGCAAGCCGUGGAAGGAGCGAGUGAUGCUACCGCUCGGCAAGUCCGCGGGGACGUACGUGAAGGAGGCCGUGGCUGCGGCGAUAAGAGAGCCCUUGGAGGACUCUUUGCCCGGGGAGACGGUGCUGCUGAGCUUCAGCACCACGAGCGUGCCCGCGAUCCUCCUCUACGUCGGCACCGACUCGUGGGAGUACUUCGCCGUGCUUCUGCAGGAGGAUGGCAGACUGCAGAUCCGCUACCAGCUGGGGGGAGAGACAGAGGCCAUCUAUAUGGAACCACGCAACUUGGCCAAUGGGCAGCCACACGGCCUGAAUGUAACUCGGCAUGGACGGGAAAUCUCUGUGCAGCUGGAUCACUACGCAGCAGCCACGCACCAGCUUCAUGCCCUGCAGAUGCACUACACAGCCUCUGUGAUCUACCUUGGCAAGGUGCCCGACUCGGAGGUGCGAGACAGCGAGCUGCAACGGGCAAAUUUGCACGGGUUCGUCGGCUGCCUCUCCCGCGUGCAGUUCAACCACGUGGCGCCACUCAAGGCUGCUCUGAUGCAGCAGGGAGCGCCCCUCCAUUCCACGUCCUCCGUCCCAUUGUCACACUCCAGCGUGCCCGUAGUCGUCCACGGGCGACUGAUCGAAUCGAGCUGCGCAGUGCCGGCCUCCACGAUCACCCCGGCGGCGACCAGCACAGAGCCCUGGGUCUUCCCGGACGACUCUUCUGAAAUGCCACCAGAAGAAAGGAAACCUAUGAGUAGUCCAGUUGGAAGCAACUCAGCUCUCAUUGGAGGAGUGAUCGCGGUCUCAAUCGUGAUCAUCCUCUGCUUGCUGGCGCUCGUCGCGCGCUACAUCGUCGGGCGCAAAGGCUGCUAUCGCUCAGCCAUGCGGGGGCCGGAGGUCGUUGAGAGCUCCUCAGCCAUGCAGGGUGUCCACCAGAACUUCCACCAUGGUCUGGAGGACACCAGGAAGGAGUACUUCAUUUAACAGAAUAGGGACAGCAACGAGAUGCUUUGACGCGCAUUUGUCGAGAAUAUUGUUUACGGUGAUGGCCCGGGUGAAUGCACCAAGUCACCCGUAGUUGCCGGAUGUUGAGAUCACAGACGGUGUCUUCACACAUGUCCCUGGUAUUUUCCUUCUAGACCCUUUCAAAUGUUGUGAACCCAUUGUCCGAUUUUCCCAUAUUUUUUUAUUUCCUUAACAUAUACAGUUCCCAUGGCAUUAACUGUUGCGGUCCAGUAGUUUUGUAUGUAUUUAAAUUCAGAUUUUGUUCCCUUUUAAUGGUUAAUGUUUUAAUUCUGCUUCCGCAGCUAAAUCUUCAUUAUAGCAGGUGAAAUAACAUUGUUCCAAUAUUGUGAUAUAAGCCUAAAACAAUAUGUUGAAAAUGUUACAAUGUAUUCACAUUAUCACAUGUAUAUCAUGAUUUAAAAUAUGGCUAAAUGUUCCAGGAUACAUUUAUGAAACUGCUUGUGCUAUUUUUCUCACAAUUAAAUGCUACAGCUGUUAACUACUGUUGAUGUUAGCCGGGCGUUGUGGCAACCGCCUAUAAUCCAGCACUUUGAAGGCAAGGGUUGGUGGAUCAUAUAAAUUUGUGAAACUCCCAAUCCCCCGAUUAUUGGGUCUUUCGGUAAAGUCACGUAGAUAGGUUCAAAUAAAAUAACAAAAACUACGACUUUUCGAUCGCAACAUAAGCGGUCAUCUUCAGUAAAAGUGGGGUUAGCUUCCAAGGCAAACUGUUUAUAAGGGGUUUGAAAUGGACGUAGCCCAAAUGGCAGCAGCCAAUAAUAAUGUAAGUGGUCGACAGCCAACCCGACGGUGGUUGGUUUUCCACCAACCCCUGUUUGCGAGAUGGCAGUACUGGAUAUCAAGUGGGUUUGUGAACCCAUCUGUAAAGAACUUUGAGUGUUAUUCCCUCAUAUGUGUGGGUUUUCUCCAGUUUCCUCUCAAGUACAGAAUACUUAUUAAAAAAUUGGACAAAAACCCAAAUGCAGGACUCUUAUAAAAAUUAUUACCAAGACUCAAUGAGGUUUUCCUGGAUAAAUAAGAUACCUUAAUUUAUUGUAUUAAUUGUGCAAGAUAAAAUUAAUUGCAAAUAGAAUGUGUUAUUUUAAAAUUCUAAAAAACUGCAUAACAAUCUUACGUUUGUAUACAUACAUAAUCAUGAGCACUUGAUAAAAACAUAUUUUGACCACAAAAUCGAAUGUGUGCAUAAUCCUCUAUGGUACCAUUUCUCUUAUACAUCGGUCAUGUGCAAUCUAUUAGGUGACAUAAAUAACAUAGUUGACAACCUAGGAUUUUGCUAACGGUGAACAUCGGAAUAAAAACAACUGGAGGGUUCUCUGCAGCCUCUAUAAUUAAAACCAUCUCUGAGAAUUAGUAUUGACAUUUAAUGUGCCGUGAAUCAUGUCGGAAUGGCAAAUUAAAAUAUAUUUUCUUGGCUUGUGCAGCCAGACUCUGGGGACUAAUGGUGCACACUUGUGAAUCGCUGAGACAAUGUGGAGCUCACUGCUUUAGAAUUGCAAGGCUGAUCAUGAAUGUAGCUUGAGUUCCGUUUGGCAAAUAGUUUUACAGCAGUGUGGCUAUUGUAUGUGAGCUCAACAUGGAAAGUCCAUUCUUGUCUGCGUUUAUAUUACAUUGAUUAGCAAAUUUGACUAUGCUGAAAAUCCAAUCACAAUAAAUGGGGAAGCAGCAACAAAGUAAAAUAUUUGUUUUGUUUGUGUUAAAUACAUUCAACAAAAAAAUACAAAUCUAUCCACAUGCCUUGCGUAUACAAAUAAGUUUAGUCAGUGGGAUGUUACCAUCAAUGUGGCCAUCUUUUAAUUGGUUUGGUCCAAAAUAUUCAUGCCUUGUUAAAAUAUUACAGUUUUUUUUUACUAUUUGUAGUUUUACAAAGGGUAAACCAUAACUUUUUUGUCAAAACAUUCGUGUAAUAACCAAUUAUCCCUUAUAAAAUAAUAAUAAAAUUAAAUGCAUUGAAAAAUACUGAUAUAAUUUUUCUAAGUACAGUAUUGUAUAUCGAUUUAUGUUUACAAAAUGUAUUCUGAAGAAAAUCAACAUUUAAAGAUUUAAAAAAAUGUUUUCAGUGGUAAAAACAACGCUAAUGUGAACUGCAUUUAAGUGUCAAUGAUUAACAUUUGUUAAAUGAAAGGUGGGUGACGUUUCAUGUGCGGUAAGGAUUUGUAAAUAAUUGUAAAAAUGUUGUAAAAUUGCUUUCUUCGUCCGUUUUUUGACUUUAUGGAACAUUAAUAAAAAGAGGUUACCCUUCACGCG